AUGAGACUGAGGCCCGAGAAGCCAAUAGUCUCGUACAACAACAAUUUUGACCGUGACAUGCACAACGCCAAGGCAGCGCACAAGUUCUGGUUCACUAUCGACCAACUCCGAAGCAGUAAAUCAGCCGUCCAACGGACGAAGCAGUGCAUCAGCCGUCCAACGGACGAAGCAGUGCAUCAGCCGUCCGUCGGGGCGAGCAGAAGCAUGUACGGGUCGGUAGAGAGGCGGCGCCACGAUUCCAGCAUGCUCUCCAUGAGCCGCAUACUGGACAGGAUGAAGGAAAACGGGGUUCUGUCGUACUACGGUUUGUAUGACGACCCAGCAUAUGAAUGCCGCUAG